AUGGAACACCCGAUUCCAACUCCCAUAAAGAGGGGAAGCCAGCAGAAGGAGACCACACCAGUAGAAGAGCCUGUGUUACCUUUCUCACGUGAAGGUGACUGUGGAUACUCAUUAGUAAACGAUGUGCAGUUACCAAAAGAUGAUAGAAUAUUUCAUGCAAUUGGAAAUACAGACGAAUUGUUAUGUCAUCUCGGAGUUGCCCGGGAAAAUGCUAUAAAAAACAAACAUCCUUACACAGAUAAACUGACAAGGAUACAGACAAUGUUAGUGGACAUAGUAUUAGCCAUAAGCAAACAAAGUACCAAAGAAGCUUUCCCAGCAAAAAACACCAAAGAGCUGGAAGAGUGGAUUAUCAAAUAUUCUAAAGACUUGACACCAGCAGAAAAAUACCUUUUGCCAGGAGGAGGCAAAGUGGCUACCUCAUUACAUGUUGCACGAGCUGUCUGUAGAAGAGCAGAAAGGACUGUCUCUCCCCUUAUCAAUGAAGGCUACCUCGACAAGGAGAUCCAAGUAUAUUUCAAUAGGUUAGCAGACCUUCUCUUUACGUGGGCAAGAUAUGCAGCGAAGAGAGAUGAACGGUCUGAAUCUGUAUACACACCCAAGUCUGAGUCGAAAAAGAAGCCAGUGGAAGCAAAACCAGAACCUAGUAGCUAAAAACAAAUCG